AGGAGAAUUUCCUCUCACAGCCAAUUCCCCUCGACUUUCUGCCAAUCACGCCAAUCACUUGCCUUUCCGAGCUUCAGAGCUUUUCAAAUAGACCAAACAAGCAAUGCAAAUGUUUCACAGUGGCUCACAAUGACCUCAAAUUGGACCCCAACUGCAGAGUCUUUGCCAUGGAACCCUCUUGCCGCGCCGCCUCAGCGGGUUCUGCCCGAGCAGUCAAAUGAAGACUCCAUCGCAUGUCUGGGUCAACUCGAAGCCACUGGAGUCAGACUCUUCCUCCCUAGCUCCCACCCGCCAGGAUGAGACAUCUGAAGGAAGAAUAUGAGCUGGGGUACCAGAAAAUGGACGAGACUGGGCAGGAGCCCGCGCGGAAAAGACCCUUGUCGACCAUGCUGCUGCAGCCGCGGACCGUGGGUCCCUGGGGAGCCGGCUGGAUGUUCGAGAUCCUGAGCUGUGGGAUUGCCAUCGGCGCCCUGGUGGCCAUCAUCGUCGUCCUCCACACGUAUGAUGGCCAACCCAUGCCGGAUUGGCCCCAUGGCAUCACCCUCAACGCGCUGGUCUCCUUGCUGGUAACGGUGAUGAAGGCGGCCAUGGUGUAUCCGAUCACGGAGGGUCUCUCGCAGCUGAAAUGGUCGUGGUUCAACCGGCGGAACAGAUUGAAUGACUUGGUGCUGCUGGACGCGGCCAGUCGCGGGGCUGUCAAUGCCGUCUUGGUUCUCUUCCGCUUCCUACCGCGCCAUCUGGUGACCAUCGGAUGCUUCAUCCUCGUGGUGGCGGCAGCCAUUGCCCCCUUUGUGCAGCAGGUCAUCAGCAUCACCUCGCAGCCCAUCCACGCGCCAGCCCAGUCCUCCAUCCGGGUCUGCAACACGAGCGCCUACCUCGACUACGGCGAAGGGGCCGGUCCCGGCAUGAACAAGGUGCCCCUUUCCACGGCGGGGGCAAUUUACACGGGCCUUUUCCAGCGCGUGAGCCGCAACAGCCAUGCAUUGACCAUGACCUGCCCGACGGGCAACUGCACCUUCACCCCGUACCAGUCGCUCGGGCUGUGUCAGCGCUGCGCCAACAUCACAGACGAGCUCACCCGCACCAAGCCGACCAGCACGAUGAGCCCCUACCACUACAAUCUGACCAAUGGGUUCAGCUUCACCACCUCCCGGAGCGGGAUGUACUUGAUGAACGCGACGACCGGGCUGGACCUGGUGCGGCUCGACGCCUCCGCCCUGCCCCCACUGAUCUUGAAUUUCACCGCGAUCAGCGCCGCAGGCUACGGGGUGCCGCCGACCAUCUCCGCGACCGAAUGCGCCCUGUACUUCUGCGUUAAGACCUACGAGGCCUCCGUCCAGAACGGCGAGUACACCGAGAAUCUCGUUUCGACAGCCACCACCUCCAACACCUCCACCUCCUCCGCCUCCAUCACCACCGACCUCACCCUCUUCCCCUCCCCCUGCACCGCCGACCAAACCCAUCAAUGCACCUACAGCGUCAGCUGGCUCAGCCGCCUCGCUCUCGCCAACUCCCUGACCCCGCUGCUCACAGGCAGUGGCUCCCUCUUCGUCAGCAACCGCCCCUCCUGGACCUCCGACACCAUCGAAGCCGUGUACGGGGUGCAGGGGAAUUUCCGUGACGUGGCGGGGGUAUUCGCGUCGCUGGCGAGCGCGCUGACGACGCACGCGCGCACCGAGGUCUGCGCGGCGGUGGUGCAUGGCACCACCUGGACGGUCGACUCGUUCGUGCAGGUGCAGUGGCCGUGGCUGGCGCUGCCGAUCGCGCUGGUGGCGCUGACGCUGGGGUUCCUGGCGGCGACCGUCGUGCGCACCCGCAACCAGUAUAUCUGGAAGUCGUCGCCGCUGGCGCUUCUGUUCUCGGAGGUGAGUCUCGAGGCGCCGCAUCAGAUGCAGAGGAGUCCGGAUUUGAGUCAUAUGGUGGCGGCGUCGAGGAAGAUGGAGGUGUUGUUGGAGACUUCGGGGGAGGGGGCGAGGUUGCGGGCUGUGGUGCGGUAGUUGAUUUUGAGGAGUUGAGGCUGGUAUUUGUGAGUAGACAUGAUAGUAGUCAACUAGUUAAUGUUUAAUGAUUAUACCACCCGUCGGGAUGCGGAUGGAGGGAGGUUGGGAGGAGAAGACCCUU